AUGAUCAUGCCAUCAUCAAAAUCAAAAGCUAUAAUUUUCAUCUUCAAGAUAGUAAUGUUGAAUCUCAUUACACCAAUGAUGAUACAUGCAUGUGGUCCAUGCAUACCAAAUCCACCACCUUACCACCACCACCGACCAAGCCACCCAAAACAUCCACCGCAUCACGGCGGCGGAAAAGGACGGCCAAUAGUGACUCCUCCUCCGGUAGUUGUCGUGCCACCGAUAAUCGUCACUCCGCCACUGCUACCACCUCCGACAAUCAUAUAUCCUCCGCCACUGCUACCACCUCCGACAAUCAUAUAUCCUCCGCCAAUAGCUCAACCAACUUGUCCAAUCGAUGCACUCAAACUUGGACUUUGUUUGGAUGUUCUUGGAGGCCUUGUUCAUGUUGGAAUCGGAAACCCUGAGAAGAAUGCGUGCUGUCCUGUUAUUCAAGGAUUGGUUGAUCUCGAAGCUGCUGUUUGUCUUUGUACUGUGAUUAGGGCUAAGGUUCUUAAUCUGAAUAUUUUCCUUCCUCUUGCUCUUCAAGUUUUAAUCACUUGUGGGAAAACUCCUCCUCCUGGUUUUGUUUGUCCACCUCUCUAG